GGUGCGUUGACUGCGUUGUAUACAAUCACGAGGAAUAUUCUCGUCUCGCGAACGGCCCUUGGGUCGAUCCGAACACAUUUGUAAGAAUAGAAUUGCAUCGGAAUUUUUUUCGAGGUCGGAUCGCGACCUAGCCUUAACGUCGCCAGCGAAUGUUUACAUUCUCGAUUCAUCGUUGACGCGUAUAUUCGGAGCACCAGGUGAGAUUGUUGCAAACAGGUGAAUAACGAACUUGGACGCAAUAAUGGGUAAUGCGGGAAGCAAUCAACCUGUCGGCCAUCAUCAUGGCACCACGGUAAGCAGAGAGCACCGUCACAGCAAAGAUCAUCCUCCACCUUCGCCAGGAAAAGAAGGCCAAGCAUUUGUCUUCGACAAGAAGCCCAGCCAGAAACUUGUAUUUCAGUCCUCCCAUGAGGAGGAAGAGCCGUACUUUGCAAAAGGUGGCCAACAGGACGGUGAAGACUUUGGACAGCGACCAAGAUCUAACACAGUGUCUGAGGGGACAAAAGUUGCGGACAGUAAGGUACUACCAACUGUCUUCAAGUGGGAAGGUGGUGGAAAGCAGGUAUAUAUCAGCGGAACGUUCACCGGAUGGAAAACAUUACCGAUGGUGAAGAGCCACGGGGAUUUUGUCACAAUAAUUGAUUUGCCAGAGGGAGAACAUCAGUAUAAAUUUUUCGUCGACGGAGAAUGGAGGCACGAUCCUGGACUGAAAAUUGUAGACAAUGGCAUGGGCUCUAAGAAUAACUUAGUUUCUGUAAGGCAGUCUGACUUUGAGGUAUUUCAAGCUCUCGCGAAAGACAGUGAGGGUGUUAUUAGUAGCACUCAAACGGAGUACGGGCAAGAAAUACCACCGCACAAACCUUGGGAAAAGAUAACCGGCCCACCUAUCUUGCCGCCGCACCUGUUGCAAGUUAUCCUCAACAAGGACACACCGUUAUCCUGUGAGCCUACUCUUCUACCUGAGCCAAAUCACGUUAUGCUGAACCAUCUUUAUGCUUUGAGCAUCAAAGACAGCGUGAUGGUCCUGUCAGCCACGCAUCGUUAUCGCAAGAAAUAUGUCACAACUUUGCUUUACAAACCAAUUUAAAUGUUAAGUCAUUCCCGUGUUUGUUGGUGCUGUACAUUUUUUUAACUAUCGCGGGGAUAACAGGUGCCCGAGUGACGCGACAUUGGUGCGUACAGUUUUUACGAGCUUCUUUGAGGCAAGGUAGAAGAUUAUAAUAUCCCGAAGUGAUUGUUUCGUCGCUACGUUUAUUAUACCUCAGUCAUGUGUAUAAUAAUGUAAUUACUAUUUAUUAAAGCCAGAUAUUUUA